AUGGCGGAGCUCCUGCUGUGUCCCGUCAGGACUCAGGUACCAGAGUUUGCAGAUGUGUGCACGGAGGGCAGCUGUUACCCGGCCACCGGCGACCUGCUGAUCGGCCGGGCGCACACACUCGCCACCUCCACCUGCGGGAAGCAGCCGGGCAGCUUCUGCAUCGUCGGACAUCUGGAGGAGGAGAAGAAAUGUUUCGUGUGCGACUCCAGCAAGACGUUCGACGAGGAGACCAACUCCGUCAGCCACGCCGUCGAGAACGUGGUCACCACCUUCGCUCACAACCGCCUCAAAACCUGGUGGCAGUCGGAGAGCGGUGUGGAGAACGUGACCAUCCAGCUGGACCUGGAGGCCGAGUUUCACUUCACACACCUUAUCAUGACCUUCAAGACGUUUCGCCCGGCUGCCAUGGUGAUCGAGCGCUCGAUGGACUUCGGGAAGACGUGGCAGGUUUAUCGCUAUUUCGCCUACGACUGCGAGUCGUCCUUCCCCGGUGUGUCGGCCGGGCCCAUGGUCAAAGUGGACGACAUCAUAUGUGACUCGCACUACUCCGACAUCGAACCAUCCACAGAGGGAGAGGUGAUAAUCCGCGUGCUGGACCCGGCCUUCGAGAUCGAGGACCCGUACAGCGUGAGGAUACAGAACAUGCUGAAGAUCACCAACCUCCAGGUGAAGUUCAUCAAGCUCCACACGCUGGGCGACAACCUGCUCGACUCCCGCGACGAGGUGACGGAGAAGUACUACUACGCCCUCUACGACCUGGUCGUCCGGGGAAACUGCUUCUGCUACGGUCACGCCUCCGAGUGCGCCCCGAUGGACGGAGCGCCGAGGAGAGCCGAGGGCAUGGUGCACGGUCGCUGUGUGUGUAACCACAACACUGAGGGAUUGAACUGUGAACGCUGCACAGACUUUUACAACGAUUUGCCGUGGAGACCUGCGGAGGGACGCAACACACACGCCUGCAAGAAGUGUGAGUGUAACCGUCACUCCACCUCGUGUCACUUCGACCUGGCCGUGUUCAUGACGACCGGCAACGCCAGCGGAGGCGUGUGCGACGACUGCCGACACAACACGGUCGGCCGGCAGUGCGAGCAGUGUGCGCCGUUCUUCUACCAGCACCCGGAGAGAGACCUGAGGGACCCCCAUGUCUGUGAACAGUGUAACUGCGACCCGACCGGGUCUCUGGAGGGCGGACUGUGUGACCCGCGCACCGACGUGGCCGCCCGGCUGAUCUCAGGCCAGUGUCGGUGCAAAGGCCACGUGGAGGGCGAGCGCUGCGACCACUGCCGACAGGGACACUACGGGCUGGGCCAGGGGCCUCAGGGCUGCCUGCCCUGUGCCUGUAACCCGCUGGGCACUCUGCCGGGAGGAAACCCCUGUGAGUCUCACUCAGGAAAGUGCUUCUGCAAACGCCUGGUGGACGGACACAACUGUGACCAGUGUAUGCCUCAGCAGUGGGGUCUGUCCAACGACAUGGACGGCUGCAGAUCAUGUGACUGUGACCAGGGCGGAGCUGUGGACAAUAACUGUGACCCCCACUCAGGACAGUGCGUGUGCAGGGAGCACAUGUUCGGACGCCGCUGCGAUCAGGUGGAGUCCGGCUUCUACUUCAUCACUCUCGAUCACUACACCUACGAGGCCGAGGACGCCAAGCACGGACCCGGGGUGACGGUGGUCCAGAGACCUUACCCUCUGGACCGGAGUCCCACGUGGACCGGUAUGGGAUUUGUUAACGUGCCAGAAGGAGCCUACUUAGAGUUCAACAUCAACAACAUCCCAGAUUCCAUGGACUACGACAUCCUGAUUCGCUAUGAACCUCAGCUGCCAGAGCAGUGGGAGCAGGUGAACAUCAGAGUCCAGCGUCCCGUCUUCAACCCUCCGAACUACAUCAGUCAAUGUGGGAACUCCAUCCAGGCUGGAGACCAACAGGCCAUCUCUCUCCCUCCUGGAUCCAGACACGUGUUGCUGGUCAGGCCGGUUUGUUUCGAGAGAGGAAUGAACUACACGAUCCGUCUCAGUCUGCCGCUGUACUCGUCAGUCAGCGACGUCCAGAGCCCGUACACACUCAUCGACUCCUUGGUGCUGAUUCCCCGGGUCAGGGAGCUGGACAUGUUCCACGGCAUCGACGGCGUGGGAGCGUGGGAUACGUUCCAGCGCUACCGAUGUCUGGAGAGCAGCCAGAGCGUCGUGAAGAGCCCGAUGACCGACAUCUGCAGCGACUACAUCUUCAGCGUCUCUGCUCUGCUGCACAACGGAGCCAUGGCAUGCCAGUGUGACGCUCAGGGUUCGCUCAGUGCUGUGUGCGAGUCCAGCGGAGGCCAGUGUCGCUGUCGACCCAACGUCGUCGGCAGGAACUGUGACCACUGUGCCCCGGCCACAUUCCUGUUCAGCCCCGCCGGCUGCAGACCUUGCGACUGCGACCCUCGGGGCUCGGUCAGCGCCUUCUGCCACGAGGCCACCGGCCAGUGCGAGUGCGUCCCCGGGGCCACGGGUCGCCAGUGUUCCCACUGCCUGCCGGGCUUCUGGGGCUUCCCCCAGUGCCGACCCUGCCACUGUAAUGGCCACAGCGAGUACUGCCACCUGCAGACCGGGGAGUGCCAGGGCUGCAGAGACUUCACCAGCGGACACCUCUGCGAGAGGUGCCUGGACGGUUACCACGGGAACCCCGAGCUGGGCUCAGGGGGCCACUGUCGCCCCUGUAUGUGCCCUGACGGCCCCCGCAGCGGACGCCAGUUUGCAGACAAAUGUUACCUCCUGUCCUACACCAACCAGCUGGUGUGUGUGUGCAGCCCCGGAUACAAAGGCUCCAGAUGUGACGAGUGCUCCCCCGGUUACUUCGGGAACCCCCUGGUGCCCGGCGGGGGCUGCAUGCCCUGCCAGUGCAACAACAACAUCGACAUGCACGACCCGGGGUCCUGCGACACCCGGACGGGGGCCUGCCUCAAAUGCCUGCACCACACCGACGGCUACGGAUGCAAGCGCUGCAAACUGGGUUACUAUGGCGACGCUGCCACGCAGAGCUGCAGGAAGUGCAUGUGCUACAGCGUGGGAACGCUACCUCCGGCCUGUUCGUCCCCUGGCGAGUGUCAGUGUGAUCAGCACACCGGUCAGUGUCCCUGCCAGCCCAACGUGGUUGGUCAGAACUGCGACCGCUGUGCCGUGGACACGUGGAACAUCACCAGCGGGACGGGCUGCGAGCGCUGCGACUGCGACCCCGCCCACUCCUUCGGCUCCUCCUGCAAUGAGGUCACGGGACAGUGCUCGUGCAAACCUGGUUUUGGCGGCAGCACGUGUCGGGAGUGCAGGGAGCUGUUCUGGGGGAAUCCAGAGGUUAAAUGUCACGCCUGUGACUGUGAACCUCGGGGAAUCUCCAGUGAACAGUGUCACCGCGCCACCGGUCAGUGCACCUGCGUCGAGGGCGUCUCCGGCCCACGCUGCGACGAGUGCGCCCGAGGCUCCACGGGCGAGUUCCCCGAAUGUGAACCCUGCCACCAGUGCUUCGCCACCUGGGACACCGUGGUCGGCGAGCUGACCAAUCAGACCCGACGUCUGGAGGACCAGGUGACGGAGCUGCAGACCAGCGGGGUGACGGAGCCGUACAAAGAGUUGAUCGGCAGCCUGGAGAGAAACUCCAAGGCCGUGAGAGAGAUAGUGGAGAGCAACCCUGCAGCCGUGAAGCUGGAGCAGACCCAGGAUCUCAUGCACCACAUCACCGGUUUGAUGUCCUACCUGAACGGAAAGCUCAACACCACGGAGGAGACCUUGAACCUUCUCCACAAUGACGCCAACUCCACCGACGUAAACUUGGACGCACUGACGGAGGAGGCCAACCAGCUGGAGCUGAGCGUCCAGGACCUGAGGCAGCAGGUGUACGACGCCAAGAACGCCAACCUCCAGGGUGCCAUGGACACCAUCACAGAAGCUCACACGCAGUCUACGAUGGCGGAGCGCCGCGCCAACACCUCCACCAGCGACCCUGGAAACACGGUGGAAGAGUCGGCCGCGGUACGGAAAGCCACAGAGGACAAACUGAGCAGCGGCCAGAAGGAGUUUGACCGCAAGCACCAAAGAAACUCGCAGAAGCUGGAGAAACUGUCCAAGGAGCUGGAGAAAUUUGACCUGUCACCACUUAGUGAGAAGACGUGUGGCGGUGCAGCUGAUGAUGACGGCUGCUCUGGCUCGUCCUGCGGCGGGUUGGGUUGUGUCGGCGAGGACGGAGCUCCUCAGUGCGGAGGAGAAGGAUGCGAAGGCAUCGUCACAACCUCCCAAACUGCUCUCAAAUCAGCCAAGGACCUGGACCGGGAUAUCUUAGCAGCUAUGCAGGAGGUGGACAAGCUCUCCAGGCUGGUGUGGGAAGCAAACAUCCGGGCAAAUGAGGCCAAGGGGAACGCGAUGGAGGUGCUGAUCAAAUCCAACCGGAGCAAGGAGCGGGUGGAGCAGAGCAACGAGCAGCUCCGCAACCUCAUCAAAGAGAUACGAGACCUCCUCACCAAUGAGAAGGCAGAUGUUUCGGUGAUCGAGAUGGUGGCCAACGAGGUGAUGGCUCUGAAGAUGCCGACCUCGACGGAGAAGCUGCACGAGCUGACGAAUGAGAUCAGGGAGAAGGUCGGCACCCUGACCAGCGUGGAGAGCAUCCUGACUCAGAGCGCUGAGGACAUCCAGGUCGCAGAGAACCUGCUGAAGCAGGCCAAGGCCGCCAGUGAAGAGGCGUCCAACAUGAAGGACACAGCAGAUGUAGUGAAGGCGGCGCUGGACGAGUCCGAGCGCGCUCAGGGCAUCGCCAUGGACGCCAUCCAGCUGGCCCAGAACAACACUAAAGGAACCCUGGACCUGCUGAUCUCUGUGGAGUCGGAGACAGCCUCCACGGAGCUGAAGCUCAGUAACACCACCGGACGCCUGGUUCAGCUGGAGAGGGAGGUCGGCCUGCUGAGACAAAACAACCUGGAAGUGAACCGGCUGUCGGAGACGGCCGAAAGGGUCGGAGACCAGGCCAGACAGGAAGCAGACGAGGCCCAGAAGGAGUUCGACUCGGAGGUGAAAGAUAAGCUGGAGAAGGUGGAGGACCUGGUGGAGGACAAAGGGGAGACGGUGCUGCAGGCGAGGAGGCGAGCAGACGAGCUGCAGCAGGAGGCCAAAGAGCUGCUCACUCAGAGCAGCGACCAGCUGCAGAGACUCGGAGAGUUGGAAAGUUCCUACGAGGAAAACCAGCGCAUCCUGGAGGCCAAAGCCGCGGAGCUGGUGGAGCUGGAGCAAAUCGUCCGCAAGGUCCUGGAGGAGAUCAGCUACAAAGUGACUCUGUACAGCACCUGCCUGUGAGGACCCACGUCCCAGCGCCUCAAACCGCUCGGACUGGGACCUGAACACAAACAAAUACUGCUCCCACAUAAAUAACAUGUUUUUUAACCGUCAGGACCAAACACUGUUCAGAUGUUGUGAUUGUGUCAGAGGCUGAACACCUCGAUGUGACGGACAGCUGCGCCAAGAAGUAUUUUAACAAUGGAGACAAGCUGCCAAAGAGGAAAGAAGAAAACCACUGAAAGCCAACGAGACCUCAGUGCUAGAAACUAAGCAGAAGUAUUUACCAGUGUAAGCUACUACAACCUAUGUAUUUAAAUAUAUGACUGAACCUUUGUGAGAAAUAUUAAAGUUUUAUAGGUAUAAGCCCAAAGAUAUGUAACAUUGACGGGACCAAAGUUAAUUUGUGGAAAAGUGACUAUGAACACGUAAUAAAAUUUGAUUUGAAUAUAAA